CUCAUCACGAAUGAGUAAUGACGAAACCUCGUUCGAGUUAUCCUUCCAUCCAUGUUAGCUCUUUCCCACCACCCCUUUUUACGUCAUCUCCCGCCCUCUUCGGCUUCUUCUUCGCUGCCUUCUCUUCCGCCUCCUCAUUGUAUCAAGAGAUUCAGCGUGGUCCGAGCCUCCAUGGACCAACCGGCAGCUGCGUCGCCGGUGAUGGGAUUCCCGCAUCUGCCGCCGUCCCAUCGGGAUCUGAUGGUUGAUCUGCUCUCCACGAUCGAGGCAAGGCUGGGUCCCCACCUCCUCCCCUCCGCCGUCCCUUCCAACGUCCUUUCCUUCCAGGGCCAAGGCGGAGCAUCCCAGGGCGCCCUCGAUAUCCGAUCCGGCGGUCAGGAUUCCUCGGUUGAUUUCAUAUUAGAAUCAUGGCUCCACUGCAAUGUUCCAUCUGGUUCUCUCAACAUAACUACUAUAUUUGCCUUCCUUAAGGCUUCGACAGAUGCACCACACCUUCUUAUGGAGUUUAUACAAGGCAGUCCAACCUCUCUCAUCCUCUUCAUGGAUUUGCUUCCUCGCAAAGAUCUUGUCCUACACCCUGACUAUCUUGAUGAGUUUUACCAGAAUACCAAUUUGGAUAGACCGAGGCAAGAACUUGAGAAUGUGCCGCAGGUGCUACCAUAUCGUUCGUCCUCUCUUUACAUACGCAGUGUCCUAUCACCAACUGCAGUUGCUGUCCAAAUCAAUUGUGGUGCAGAAGGAGAGAGUGCUAUGGAAGAGAUUAUGCAGGUUCAGCUUGACAGUGUUGCCAAAGAAAUUCUGAGAAUCUGGUUGGAUAAAUGUGCAAGAAGCAUGAAGCAAUUGGGAGAAACCGAGAGGGCUGAUUUGCUCAGUAGAGACACUUUGAUCAAGAAUAAGACUGUUGAAAUUGAUCUUGCUGCAAACUUGCCUCGAUUGUUCGGCCCUGAUGUUGCAAACCGAGUGGUGGAAGCAAUUCAAAAAGCUUAUAGGAUAUAACGUAGUAGGCAGUGAAGCCAGCUAUUGCUGUGUGGUUGGCAAAAGACAGUUUCUGAAGAGAUACUGAAUGGAUCACAAUCACAAUUAGCUGAGACAGCUGCAAUAUGAGCGCAUUACAAUAAUUGUCUUUAGUCUUACAAGGGUGUAAUUUUCCUUUUGUAUCUUGUACUCAUCAGUAUCUGACUUCUGACCAUUUGAAUGGGUUAUUCGUCCACCUCAUCGUACCUUAGAAGCCACAGCAAAGUGAUUCAGAGUAGGCAAAUAAAAGUCACAUAUUGAGAAUGUACAUAUGCAAUAUCUGUGUCAUGCUUUUGAAGCAAAAACAUCGCCAUUUAUAAGUUGAAUCACUGGAUC